AUGGAUCUGAUCAACUCUUCUGAUUACCAGGUCACUGUCUCUACAUUAGUAAGAAAUGGCACUCACUUCCCAGCUCCUGCCACAAAAACUUUCAUUGUCCUUUCUUUGUUAUUUGCAUCGAUAAUUGGCAUUAUCAGCAAUGCUCUCUAUCUGUGGGUACUGAAAUUCAAGAUGAAAAGGACUGUCAAUACUCUUUUAUAUUUUCAUCUCAUUCUCUCAUAUUUUAUUGCAACAUUAAUUGUGCCAUUUAUAACCAUCUCCUACCUUUGGGACAAUCACUGGAUCUUUGGAACUGCCAUGUGCAAGGUCUUCAACAGCAUUUUAUACAUGGGAAUAUUCGCCUCCAGUUUCUUCCUCUCAGCCAUCAGUGUUGACCGUUACCUUUUCACUCUUCACCCCGUGUGGUCACAGCUGCACCGAACCCCACGCUGGGCUUCCAGCAUAAUCCUGGUAGUCUGGAUCUCUGCCAUUGUCCUAGGCACGCCCUAUUUGGUUUUCAGGGAGACAUAUGAUGACCAUGAAGGAAGGGUGACCUGCCAGAAUAGCUAUGAGGUGUCCACUGACUGGGAAAGCGAAAAGACGCAAACAUUUAAAAAAUGGAUUCAUGUGGGAUGUUUCACCAGCCGCUUCUUGCUAGGCUUCCUUCUGCCUUUCUUGAUCAUCACCUUUUGCUACGGAAGAAUAGCCAACAAUAUGAAAAAGAGGGGUCUGUUUAAAUCCAACAAGCCUUUCAAAGUCAUGAUGACUGCCAUCAUCUCUUUCUUUGUGUGUUGGAUGCCCUACUAUGUGUAUCAGGGCUUACUUCUCACUAAGAUCCAACCUCUACUUUUACAGUUGGCUCUGUUACUUGCAGUAAUUACCACUUCUUUCAAUGCUGUCUUUUCUCCCCUACUCUACCUGUUUAUAGGGGAGAACUUCAAAAAGGUUUUCAAGAAAUCCAUUCUUGCUCUGUUUGAGUCAACGUUCAGUGAGGAUUAUUCUCCAGAAAGAACACAAAACCUAA